UACAUGGUAUCAGAGGAGGUCGUUCAUAAUCAUCUGCUCCAUCCUUGUUUUGCCUAAAAAUGGCAGAUAUUAUCUCGUCCAGUUCAAAGGCAGAAAGUUCUUCUGUCUCUGCAUCAUCAAAUUUUUUUGAAGUUAAUCCCAAUCAGCGUUUGACUUCAGCCCUCUUGAAUGAAUUCAACUACCUUCCUUGGUCAAGGGCUAUUUUAUUGGCUCUUGGUGGAAGAUCAAAGCUUGAAUUUAUCGAUGAGAAUAGCGUUGCUCCUGAUGCCAAUUCAGGAGAAUAUAAAGCUUGGAUCGCAAAUGACAAAUUGGUCAUGACUUGGCUGCUUAACUCUAUGGAACUCCAUCUUGCUGAGAUUUUUAGUUUUUCAGAGUCCUCUGCAGAUCUAUGGAAAGCCGUUAAAGAGAUGUACGGGAACCAGAAUAAUGCUGCGCGCGUGUUUCAACUCCAGAAAGAUAUUGCAAGUCUUCAGCAAGAAGGUAAACCUUUUGUGCAAUUUCUUGGUAGUUUGAAAAGUAUGUGGAAUGAAUUAUCCAUUUAUCGUCCACAUACAACUGAUUCCGCCGUUCUGUUAAAACGGGCUGAAGAGGAUAAAAUUUUUCAACUUUUGGCUAGUCUUUCUCCUGACUAUGAAGAUCUACGUAGUCGCAUACUCAUGAAUUCAGAACUACCCUCCCUUGCAAAUGUAUGUUCAACUAUUUCUAGAGAAGAAGUUCGUAGAAAAGUUAUGAACGUAAAUGUUAAAUCUGAUUUUUCUGAGGCCCGGGCCUAUGUAUCCAACCAUAGACGAUCUGAAGAAAAAGGAAAUAAGGGUAGGAGACCCGAAUUGAAGUGCACUCACUGUAACAAUAUCGGUCAUACCAUGGAUCGAUGUUGGAUUCUUCAUCCUGAAUUAAAGCCAAAAUUUGCAAGAGACAACAAGAAUGCACAGAAACGUUUCCAAUCGUCAGGCUACAAGGCUAAUCAUGUGACAGCUUCAUCCACGGAUGGGCUCUCAAAGUUUACUUCUAGCCCGAUCACGUGA